AUGAGUGAAAACUGAAAGGAACAUGAAACAUAACUGUAAAGAUGAACCUUUCGAGGAUGAGGAUAAGUUACAUUUGAAGAAUGAUAUUAGUUUGUUGACGGAAGAGAGAGAGAAAAAGAAAGAGAAUGAAGAUAAAAAUGGAAGAUGAAGAUACGAAAUGAAUCAAAGUGAAUCGAGUUAAUUGUCGAAAUUGUUAAUCUUAAUCCUCUUGUUGUUCAUCACAAAAAUUUAACACAAUACGAAAAAAAGAAACAAAACAAAAUUGUCAUCCUCAUCUUCAUCAUCUUUCAAUAAUUUUUCAUCUCUCUCUCUCUCUCUCUUUCUCUUUCUCUUUCUCUUUCUCUCUUAAUCGGUGAUUAAAAGCUUAUCCAUCAUAGUAAAUUUCAAAUCAAUUUAUUAAUCAACAGGAGAAGCAAAAAAAAUGGUCUACCCAAUCAACUAAUCAGUGAUUUAGUUUCAUUUUUAAAUUGUUCAAAUUCAAUAAACAUCAUGUGUUUCUUGUCAACAAUUAACCAAUAUCAUCAUUAUCAUUAUCUUAACGAUUACAAUCAACUUGACAAGGGAUUUAAUUAGUUGAUUCAAAAGUAAAUAACAAUCAAAUUAUGAUUAUCAAGUGAUUAACAACAAAACCUCAAUUCGUAAUCAACUUAAUCAUCAACAUCAAAAACAAAACCAUUUUUUGUGCGUUGAAACGUUUUAAUUGUUUUUUCAUUCCGCUCAAUUACAUAAUCAUGAGGAUUAACUGAUUGUUAUUAUUAUCAUUUUCAUCAUCCACCAUUAUCAUUAAACAUUAAGAAGAUUAACUUUCUUAAUCCAAUUAAGUUUAAAUAAACAACAACAACAAUCAAGUAAAAAAAAAACACUACCAAGACCAAAACAAAUAGUUUAAUAAUAAUUAGUUAAUUGUUAACCUUUUCCUUUUAUAAUAAGAAAACAUAUAAAUCUAAUUGUAAAUCAAAUUGAAUCAUGUUUUUAUUGUACAAUUUAUUAUUAUUGUGCAUUCAAAGUGGCUCAUUAUUGUCCAAUGUAAUUGUCACCGUUGAUUCAAAUGAUUCAAUCUCAUCAUUAUCAUCAGUUUUAUCCUCAUCCUCAUCAUCAUCAUCAUCAUCUUUAUUGUCAUCAUCACAACUUUCCACCCCCUUGGAACCAUCAAAUGACAAAGUAAACACCAACAAUCAAAUUGACAGUGAACAAUCAAGAGUACGACGAGAUGAAUUCGAAAAUGUUGGCAGAGCCUUUGGUAGAGGUACGGGAAUGGGAUAUUAUCUUGGUGAACCCUGUAACAAACAAUGUAAUGCAAUAUUAUUUCAUAUUUACUGUAACACCACAAGCCAUAGAUGCGAGUGCCUUCCCGAGUAUCCAGUUAAUCUUGAUAACAGGAUUUGCAUAAAGGCCUUAAAAUUAGGUGAUAAAUGUGAUGAUAACGUCUCAUGUCAAUAUCGAGAUAUGCACGCAAUUUGUUCACCUGAGAAUCGCUGUCGAUGUGAUUAUGGCUUUUAUCCGGUCAUAAGUAAUGGGGACACCAAAUGUACUGCAGGACUAUCAAUGUACUAUAAUCUUGUUGGUUAUUCUAAUAUCGUGCCAUUCAUAGCUAUCGUAAUUGCUAUUAUCCUUUGUACCGGAGUGGUUUGUAUUGGUUAUCGGAUGAUCGGGAAAUCACAUAAUGAAAGCGCUCUACCGUCAAGGGAUGAUAGGGCUCUUUCCCCGACGCCCGUUAAGCUUGGAGGUUUAGAGCUACUUGCGUCCAUGUCAAGACCAUCAAGCCUUAGAUCCAUCAGCAAUGAAUACCUUCCAACAUCACGGAGACCGAGCUACUCAAUGUUAGCAGUACCUACCAAUUUUAUAUCUAGAAGACCGAGCUCAUCAUCUGGAACAUCCUUUCGAAGCUAUUCUUCAUUUCGAAGUCAAUCCUCUUUUCGAAAUUAUCGAGGAAACUAUUUCUACAAGGAGACACUAAAGAACAAUUCACCUCGAACUCCAUCGCCUAUUAUUAACCCAAGUAAUAUUUUCAUAGGUGAUUCGCUGUCCAAGGAAACUUGUGCAAUCCACUCGAACCCGGAAAUAAAUCGUUCUGAUAAUCACAACAGACGAAAUCGUGAUCAGGAAGCUUUAAAUCGUCGAUGAAAAAUCGCAAACUUUUACGAUCAUUUUCACGAAAUUCAUGGGACUGGAAACGCAUAGAAGAGCAUUAAUUGUUACAAUUUAUCGAGUUCCUUUGUAAAAAAAAGAAAAUUCUUAUCACUGCCGAAGAGAGAAAAGUUUAAAUAAAUAUUAUUCAAUUUUCCGAUAA